AUGGGUAUCCUCAGGAGGGUGGUUGGCUUUUCCCUUAGAGAUAGGGGAAGGGGAUCCCCAGUUACCUUUGACCAGAAGCAUCAGUGUCAGUGGCUGCAGACUGGAGGCGUGGCUGACCUACUUCCACCGAGGACGCUGGUGAUCAGCAGCACCUGCAGUGGCUCCUCCUCACCUCAGAAUCGACGGCCGAAAAUCAUCCAGGCGCCUAAGGCGCCCAGUAGUCGUACCGGGCAGGAGAGGCCCACAUCCACCACUCCCAGGAUAGCAACGCAUCCGCCCCGCAGGGGGCCCGUCGGAGGAAUGCGGGGGGAAAGCCCCCCCCACCCAGGGUCGACCCGAGGGGGCCGGCGGCGACAAGACCACGGACAGAGGCCGAACCACCCCACACCCAGGCAGGCCGCAGAGGCCCAGGGCCUCCGCACCCAGAGCCCGCCAGCGCCCAAGGGCAGGGCCAGCCCACCACCGGGGGGAGCAGAGCCCCCCCAGACCGCCCACCAGGGAGGCACGGCCAGAUACCCACCACCGUCACCCCCACCGCCCCCCAGAAGCCGACCGCACGCCCCCCAGCCCAGGGAGGGACAGGCGGAGGUCCACGUAGGGCCACCAGCCAAGGGGGCCCCCAGAGACAGAAGAGAGGCAGACCCCCGAGCCGGUCCAGACCCCCCAGGUAGAGGCAGGGCCAAUGGUCCAAGGACCCGCCGCGCCCAACCCCGCGGUGCCCCGGAGAGGGGUCCCCCAACAUCCAGGAGCAUCUGCGCCCGCCGACGACCCCCGCCGGGUAGGCAGACUGCCGCCCACCACCGUACCUUCAGGGAGGUGCGUCAUGAUGAGCCACAACCAUGCCUCCCGGACACCCCCCAGACCGAGCGCAGGGGACCCGAUCCCCCACGUCCAGCGACGCCUCAUGGCCACCACUGCUGCCCCCACCCAGACCGCCAGUCCCCACACGGCCAGGGGGUGGGCAGGAAUCGAGCGCUCAGGAGUGCACCCACGACCACCCCCCCCACCCCAGCCCACCGGUGA